ACUCGAGUAUCUUCAGCUCGUUUCGACUUGAAAUGAACUGGACGUGUUAUGGUAAAUAUCUGGUGCCUCGUUCAGUCCAUUCUCCGCUCGCGUUUCUGCCCUCCUGCGCCGCGCCACAGCCGCUGGUUACGCAUCGCUAAUUGGAGAGACUCCACCGAUGUUAAUUGAUGGGGACUCCUCUGCGGAACACACAGAGUGACCCGAAUCCUAUCCUUUACCUGCGCGCUACUGGCUGAAACCCACCUCCACAGCACCUACUCAGUUCUUUGGAUGUUAUUGCUCUUUUUCAUCAUCUGCAGCAGGAUUUGUCAUUCACCCGGUUGGUAGCCUGACACCCUUGAGUGACUAUGCCGGUGAACGCUUUGCCACGCGGUGGCCCGGGGUCCCUGAGCCCGGCGUCGCUGUCCCGGAGCCUGUCCAGACUGAGGGAGUUCAGGACUAGGACGAGGAUCAUGUUGGCCCUGGGAGUCUCUCAGAUGGUGCUGGGAAGUCUGAUCCUGGCCGUCAGUUUCGCAGCUCUCGCACUCACUACAUCACCCAGAGUCAGGCACUCCUGUCCCUUCUGGGCAGGCUUCUCAGUGCUGCUCUCUGGACUGAUAGGGGUGGUGUCGUGGAAAAGACCUCUCUCUCUUGUGAUCACAUUCUUCAUGCUGCUGUCAGCUGUGUGUGUGAUGCUCAACCUGGCCGGCUCCAUCCUAUCCUGCCAGAACGCUCAGCUGGUCAACUCCCUGGAAGACUGUCAGCUGCUCAAGUUUGACAGCGAUGGAGUGUGUGUGUGCUGUGAGCUGCAGCAGCAGAGCUCUAGCUGCAACAACCUGGGAGAAACACUGAAACUGAAUCCACUGAGGGACUGCAACACCAUACGCCUGCGCCUCAAGGAGCUACUCUUCAGUGUGUGUGCCCUCAAUGUCAUCUCCACCAUCGUGUGUGCUUUAGCCACUGCCAUGUGCUGUAUGCAGAUGGUCUCAACCGAUGUGCUGCAGAUGUUCAUGCCUCACAGAGCACGAGCCCUGAAUGCUGACUGUAUGACGCCGCACGGCACCAUCCUGCACCAGACGCUGGACUUUGACGAGUUUAUCCCGCCCAUUCCACCGCCACCCUACUACCCCCCAGAGUACACCUGCACCCCCUCAAUGGACGGACAGAGAGGUCUGCACCUGGACUUCCCCCAUUCUCCAUUCAGUGCCAUCUAUGGAGUGCCCAUUAACAGCCCAGGGACUCUGUACCCAACUGACCUGCCCCCUCCUUAUGAGUCUGUGGUGGGGCAGACCCCUGCCAGCCAGGUAACUACCAGCAUAGAGCAGCAGGCCACUGAGUCCAGCCUGUGUGAGAGGAAUACCACCGCAGGACUCAGCACUCAGGCCUCAGUGGACAGCGCCUCCCUCAUGGUGUCAGAGGUGGCUGAUCUGCAGGAUCACAGCUGCUCUUCGGAGGACUUGUGCUCCCUGGAGGUGCAGGGCUCGGACUCCUCUCCCUAUGGCACGCUCCACACUGCGCCGACCGAUGGUAGCUGCACCAGCCUGGAGCUUUGUACACGCGGCUCCUCGCGCUGCCACCGUGGCCUGCCUAGUGCUGCUACGCGUCCCAGCGACACGGGGUACAGCGAGUCCUCACACACCCAGGAGUCUCUUGCACGCUCUCCAGACUGGUCCUCGGAAAACGUGAGCAACCUGGAUCAUGAGGAUGAGCCGCCCAAAGCAACAGCAUACUCCCUCAUUAAAUCAAGAGUGGUGAGCCGGAAGCUCACACUCCCUGUCACUAUCCCCCCACCACCUCAACCUUGCUCCCCAACCUCUGUAGCCUCCUCUGGAGGAACUUCAGCCCUUAGCCCUUUGGCCCCUUCUCUCUCCCCAUCCCCUCCUGCCAGGCCACGUGGCCCCAGGCUGUGUUUCAGCGUUUGGUCACCCUCCUCACAACCCCCCUCUACCUCAGCCCGAAGUGGCUACUCGCCCUCAGAGAGGCCUCGAGGGCUCCGUGCAGCCAGGAGAUACCGCAAGCUGGCACGCAUUGUCCGCUCCACCAGUGACCCUAUAUCCUGCUCCUCCACAUCAGGAAGUGAAAGUUGUGGUUGCGCCUCUGCAAGUAAUCCUGCUGAAGAUUCAGCUCAUAUGUCACCAGAGCAAGAUCUAACCGAUAUGUUAACAGAAGCAAGCGGAGCUAAACCCAGUAAUGCGGGUGUCCGGAAGCAGCAAAAGGAGGGAAGAAAAGUCGACAUCCACCUCAAGUCCCGUGCCCUGCAUACACACUCCUCCAAUGAACGCCCGCACUCCCUCGCUGACCUGAAGACUUACAAAGAUACCAAAAUACUGGUGGCCAAGUUCCUGGAGCAUUCAAGCUGCAGUCUACCUCCUGAAGUCCAGCAGGUUGUCAACAACAUUAAAUGUGUCAUCAAGUCAGAUGAAAGACAUAUGGAGGAGGCCAUUUUCAGUGCCAAUGUCAUAGAUCAGGUGAUGACCCAGUCACAGCGCAUCAUAGGCAGUCCCAGGAAGCGUGGCCAUGAGGAUCUUCACCUCCAGAGCUGUGGUGCUUUGAGUUCCUCGCCGUCCCUUUCCCUGCAUCAUCGCAAGCACCCGCCACAAACAACCAGCACCUCCACCAACCCCCUGGAAUCCCCCUCCUCUGAACACAGCCUUGUGUGCAGAGAGACCAUUCUCUGACCACUCUGCCAUCAAGGACCCAAGGGAAACCUCUGAGGGCAUUCCAGGGUGCUGUUCUUGCAGCCAUGUUGUCCCAUGCAGCCAGUUUCUGUACACCGAUUAAUAGCUAUUCCGGCGUGGUGACACUAUUCAUCUGCACAAUGUGACUGCAGUCAAGGCAGUCUGAAGUGGUUUCCUAUCUCAUAGUGCCCUGUGAGCCCGUGCCAAGACAUCAGCAGAAAUGGUAGCAAACUCAAGACUGACCCUGCCAGUGUCUGUAGUGGCUUCUUUCUCAUCAGAAAAACAACAGAAUGUUUUCCCUCAGGGGAUCUUUUCUACUUACUUUCAUCUCCUUAAAAAAAAAAAAACACACAGCUGGUAACGAAGUUAGGACCUGGUGACUGGAAGACAAAGGAGAUUGUGUUAUCAGUACUCUGCUUCUCAUUGUAAAGGAAAAGAAAAAUGUUUGUAUUCAACUGUGAACUGGACUGACCAAUUGACUGGGCACUACUAGCCAUCUUUUGCAGAUUU